AUGUUUGCUCGACGUCUGGCGACCCAAGCGACCCGCGUGAGGGCGGCUCCCUUCCACAGCACCUCCCGCAACCUCGUCCAAAAGGGCGAUGCGAUCCCCGACCUGGAGGUGUUGGUCGAAAACUCGCCGGGCAACAAGACUAACCUUGCUAAGGAGAUCAAGGGCAAGGCAGUCAUCGUUGGUGUGCCCGCCGCCUUCAGCCCCGCCUGUUCUAGUACCCACGUGCCCGGUUAUAUCAGCCACCCAAAGCUGAAGGAGGCCGGACAGACCUUCGUGGUCUCCGUCAAUGAUCCCUUUGUCAUGCAGGCGUGGGGUCUGACUCUGGAUCCUCAGAACAAGAGCGGGAUCCGCUUCCUGGGUGACCCUUCGGGCAAGUUCACCGAGGCCCUGGAUCUGACCUUUGAAAGCUCCUCCAUCUUUGGCAACGACCGCAGCAAGCGGUAUGCCCUGCUGGUGGAGGACGGUAAGGUCAAGGAGGCCUUUGUUGAGCCGGACAACACCGGCGUCGACGUUUCCGCCGCUGAGAAGGUGCUCGCUUAA